AUGAGCCACCGCCCGUUCCGCGUUCUCGGACUGUGCAAUGGCAGCAUUCGAGGAAAUUCAGAAAUCCUUCUCAAAGCCGCACUUCAAGAAAUCCAAACCUCAACGUCUGAGCCUGUGACCGCUUCGUGGAUCCACGUGCCGUCAGUGGUUAUCCCGCGAAAUCCCAAGCCAUUGGCAUCCGCCGCUGAUGUGUCGCUCGGCAAUGUAGUGUCAAUGAAAGCCGGUAUAUCAUCCGAAGAUUUCUUUGCAGAUGACAGGCGCGCCGUACUCGAUGCUAUCCUGGAUGCGGACGCCAUCAUAUUUGCAACUCCUGUGUAUUCUCAUCAGCCACCUGGCUUCCUAAAAGCCGUUACGGACCGCAUCCUGGGACCAUUUACUGACGCCGCUUUUGUUCAGCGUGUCUUGGAACGCAAGAAAGCCGGUGAUCCAAAGUUCAAAAACCAUCCAGUGGACUCCCGCGUCCUGAAUCCCAGAGUGGUGGGGUUCUUAGCUGUCGCGGGAUCAUCGCAGAUGGAACAUGUCACAAUGGCGCUGCCGACCCUGCACCAAUUCGUAUAUCCAAUCCAUGGGAAAGUGGUUGACCAGGUCGUAUUGAAUGGAUACGCAAGUCCUGGAUCCGUCAUCUACAAGAAUGGCGGCAAGGCGAUUGAGCGCGCGAAACAGCUGGGCAGACAUGUUGCUAGCCAGCUGGGCAAGAAGUUCGAUGAUGCCGAAUAUCUCGGUCCUCAGCCGGACGGAGCCUGUCCGUACUGUCAUCUCGCAAAGUUUGACUUUCUUGGAGGGCCUAAUAAUGAAAUCGGCUGUCUCGUUUGCGGUGCGAAAGGGAACUUGAUUAUUAAAGGAGGCCUCAUCACUCCUUUCUGGAUACAUGAAUCCAGCUGGAGCUGCAUCACGAUGGAGGGGAAACGGUUACAUGUCGAUCACAUCCAAGAAGCCUCAAUGGAGGAAGCGAAAGCAUUGGAGUCCUUUUCUCCCGCGAAGGUUGAGGACGUUAAAAAGAGCCUUCUGGAUACUGGCAUUCCAACUACGCCGUUGCCAAGUCAAUCCCGACAUGGUGCCGAUAUUCGACCAUACGAGAUGUCCAAAGGGUGGUCGAGGUUUGGAAAUAUCUGGGGGCUCAGCAAUUGCCUGCGGUAUGGCCGCCAUAGCCCUGCUGGUCCCACCAAAGGUUCCGAGUUGUGA